AUGCCUUCGCAAGCCGAGGAUGCAAUCCGCGCAAUCUCGGCUUCGGCCACCCAGCUCGGCAAUCAAAUCUCAGUGCACAUGCUGAACUUUCUGAGUACCACCCAGCAGCUACCAGACGGCUUUCGUGCACUGCCGCACACGUUCCUUGACACCUGUCGUACUCUGUGGGCUAUUGAGACCGGAGUGACCGAAUUAGCCGCGGCAAAUCGAGCCCUACCAAACGUGAUCAUCGACGAGGUCGAAAAGAAAUUCGUCACCGCAUAUCGUGAAUUCCAACAACUGGACAAAAUCAUAUUGAAACUUGUCCAAUAUGAACAUCGUGGAGCCCUGGGGAAACUUCAGCGGGGAUGGUAUCGCCCAGCUCAUGAGCUGAAGCGCAUCCACGAGUCCUUGAAGAAGACAAAUGAGACCCUUCAGAUCAGUGGUAUGGCAUUCCAUUGGUCUCUGACGGAGGUACGACCGGAAGAAUCGGUGGGAAUUGGGUACGCUAGUCUGGCCGCUGCGCUGGACCGUAUCUCCAAGGGCCGCUCGAUCAUGGGCGUAAACAAAGCUGGCUACAGUGAUGAUGGCGGGUCUGGGCCAUCACUUCGGAGUCAAUCAUUUGAGUCCGAUGGCUCCACGCCAUCUGUCCCCUCAAAAGACACAUGGCCCCUGCGGAGUGCACCCAAGGAGGUCCAGCCCGAGGAAUUUAGCCAACGGGAUUCUCGACAAGAGUCCGGCAGUCACGCCGACGAUGUAUCUUCAGUUCUCUCUCUCAAUCAGUUCCUAGGCUCUCAGCCUGACCGCGAACCUCACGCGAUUGCUACACACACACAACGAUCAAUGCCAUAUCGCCCGGCUAAGACAAGCAUCCCAGCUUCCGUUACAGACGCCAGCAUACGACACGAAAGCGAAUCAGACACCCUGCCACCCCGGUCAUCCAGUAAGAUGGCCGGUCGAAGUGCAUCAACUGUUCGUCAUAAUCUGUUAUCUGCAAUGAGAGAGCGCGAUCACACAGCUAUUGAGCAACUCUUGAAUAGCGGAGUGUCGCCAGAUAGAGAGGGCGACUUCUACCCACUCCACGAGGCCGUGAAUCAACGUGAUAUCGAAAGUCUCCGACUACUACUUGCCUUCGAGGCCAACCCUAAUAUUGCCGAACCACAGGGAAAGACGCCCCUUCUCCUGACUGUGGAACAAGGAUUUGUGGACGGAGCCAUCCUUUUGCUGAAACAUGGCGCUGAUGCAAACUACCGCGCGAAUGAGAAGCUACAAUCACCUCUGAGCUGCUGUAUCCAUAAAGGAAACACCAAGCUCGCACAGUUAAUGCUCUCCCGUGGCGGGGAUCCAAAUCAAGAAACCCCCAGCGGAACAACAUUAUUGAUCGAUCUAAUCCACAAGCGUGUCCCGGAACAACUAAUUCAAGUCUUGCUGGAAGCCGGCUGCGAUCCCGACCGCAAAGACAACCACGGCAAAACAGCGCUCUGCGAAGCAGUGCGUGACGACCAACCAGCAAUCGUGACAAUGCUUCUAGACCACCACGCAAACCCAAAUCUACCGGGCCCCGAGCAUGCUCUUUGGCCCGCCGUGUAUCGCCCAGCCUGUCUACGCAUCCUUCUCUCACGCGGUGCCGACAUCCGCAAAACUCCAGGAAUCAUGGAGCAAGCGACAAGCGUCAACAACAUCGACGCCGUCCGCGUUUUACUCGAAGCUGGCGUAGACCCCAAUUCCAAGAAGGACGGAAUAUAUACCCCUCUAUGCUCCGCCAUCCGCGACGACCGCCCAGAAAUAAUUACCCUCCUCCUCAGUUAUGGCGCCAACCCGAAUCUCAUGGCAUCAGAGUACCCAGCUUGGAAAUGCGUCACUCACAACCGCCUCAAAUAUCUCCCAGCACUAGUUGAAGCAGGUUCUGAUCUCCAUAAUCCCCCGGGGAUCGUCGAAUGUGCAGUCCAGCUCAACAACUCGACCGCCAUGCACUGGCUCGUUGAAGAAGGCGGCGCAGACCCAAAUUCACGAAACGACCAAGGCCACACAGCUGUGACCACAGCAAUCCGCGAGAAUCGACCCGAAGUUCUACAAUGGCUGCUAGCACACGGCGCGGAUCCGAAUAUCCGCGGCCAAGACUGGCCCAUAUAUAUGGCCGUUCAAUCGCCGGCCCUCCUCCGCCUGCUCUUGCCUGGAAUCAAGAAUCUAGCCACCCACAAGGGCGUCAUGGAGAAAGCGGUGCAGGCGAAUCAUCUCGAGAAUGUCAAACUCCUCAUCGAAGCCGGCGCGAGCGUGGAGUGGAAGAAUGGCGGUGUGUUUUCGCCGUUGACGACUGCGCUGCGUGAGCGACAUGGGGAUAUUGUUCGGUUUCUUCUCGAUGAGGGUGGGGCUGAUCCAAAUGCGCCUGGUGAACAUCUUCCUCUUGUCAAGGCGAUACGCCGGUGUGACAAUGGGGACUUUUCCAUGAUCGAAUUGCUCCUUGAGAAGGGUGCUGAUCCGAAUCAAUGUUAUCGGGAUUGGAAUGCCAUUAUGCAGGCUAUUGAGAAUCGGGAUCUGAAGCUGUUGCGCCUGCUUAUUGAGAAGGGCGUCUCUCCUGAUCUGGAGAGAAAGGAUGAGACGGGCCAGACGGUUCUGGAGAUGGCGGAGACUUCUGGCUGGCCGGAGGGAGUUCAAGUUUUGAUUGAGAACUCUCGCAAAUGA